UGCGAAUUCAAAGCUGGGUGGGUCUACAGUGUCUCACAUUCCCAAAAAACUCCCGGGCCGUGCGUUAAAGCGCUUUGAGUUUUUCAGAAGGCCACAAUGUUGAUGCUGGCUGGAAUCGUCCUUCUGCAUAUCACCACCAUCAUCCUGCUUCUGGUGGCCACCAUUGAUAAUGCCUGGUGGACCAGCGCAACAGUGUCGACUGACUUAUGGGGCAAGUGGGAGAGGACGGAAUCAGUCUGGCAUUACAUGAACCUAAAAGACUAUCCAGAGGAAUAUCUCCAGACAGUGCAGGCUACCUCAGUGCUGGCCUGUAUUUUCACCAUCCUGGCCUUGUUUGUGUUUGUGGCUCAGCUGUUCACUCUGCCCAAAGGCCAGAGGUUCACCUUCACUGGCAUUUUACAGCUAAUCGCCUGCCUGUGUAUAAUGAUUGCAGCCUCAAUCUACACAGCCCAGCUUCACGUCAAUGAAGAAGGAAAGUACGGACACUCCUAUGUCCUGGCUUGGAUCUCUUUUGUCUUCACCUUACUCUUAGCUAUCACCUACCUCAUCCUGCGGAAGAAGAGCGAGUAAGAGGAUAAGAGGAAGACGGUCAAGGCUGGGAUCAUAUUCCUUUGAAUUUGGAACAGACAAGAAUGGGAAUGUUUUUCAGAGUUUGGGAAAAACCCAUUAAAGGUUGUUGAUUUUAGCUACAUUUGCAGCUAGGAAAGUUGGAAAUAAUAUUCAAUCGCUAACAAGAGCCAUUUUAUAUUUUGAAUAGUAGUUAAUUAUUAGUUAAUUGAACUCAUGCUAAUACUUCACUUUUAUGGACUUUUUUAAAUUCAGAUAUCUAUUUGAUUAAAUGGAGAGUGAGGCAGUACAGGGCACAAAAUAAUGUUUGAGAUUGGGAGGGUGCAGCCCCUAAAAGUGCUUAUUAAAGCAGUGUGAGCAUCGUUCCAUUGGAUAGUUACAUAAAUAUAUUUGGAAAACUCAGUCAUGUUUGUGAUUUAAGGGAAUAGCUCAUAUUUUGGAAAAUUCAGUUCACUUAUUUACUUUAUUCUGUAGAGUUAGCAAAUUGCUACCACUUGACACAGUGGUAUCAAUUUUCUCAACUUAUUCAGCAAGAAAGCUAUCAUCCAAAAAGAUCUCUUUGAGAAUCUAACAGAGUUGAGUGUUUUGGCCCUCGGUAAAAAAGCUUUUUUUGAGAUGUAGUAGUUGAAAAUACUAAUAACGUACUUAUCAUCCUGAAGUAUCACGUCGUGAGGUUUACAGCUACUACUGCAGGUUUCCAGAGUCAAGAAGUGAAAAAUACUGUAUCUGGGAAGGUACGGCGUGUUGGCAACACUACAACAUUCAUGUUGCAGUACUUGAUCAGAAAACACAAGCCUUUAUUUACAGUACAAGUAGUUUUAAUCGUGUAUCAUUAUUUUACAAUUGAAGUAUAGUGUAUCCAUUGUUUUAUCUAUGUAUAUUAUAACCAUUAUAUUUUUGUAAUAUUUUCUAUUGAGUGUUUUUUAAAUUACAUUUGAUUUUGUGUGUUUGUAGUUGGCUGCUAUCAUAAGAAAGUACAUGAAAUUUGUACAAGUGAACAUAACAUGAACCAGGGAUAGAGGAUGAUGGUGUUUCAUUUUAUCACAUUUCAGAACUAUGCAUUAGAAGGUUUUGUUUGUAAUUGCGUUUGAAUUUAAGCCAUAUCAUUUAUUAAUAAAAAAAAAAAAUUAUAACAUAAGGCAUUAUGUUUCAUCUAUUUAACUGCUGGGAAUAAAUACUACAAGAUACAACUCAAAACAGUCACUAUUACAAGGCAUAAUAAAUAAUUAUUAACUGGCCCAGUGUUGUAACUUGACACAUUUUCACAUCAGGGUGACUAAACAACAACAUACUACAAAUUUCAAAUGGGUUUUAACCGAUUUUUUAAAUCCAUGUGAUUUGAUUUGAUAAGGAAAAGUUUUAUAUUGUGUGUGAGUUACAACACUAGUUUUGAAAACAACACUUCUUCAGGCCUUACAACAGACCCAGUGAGAAACAGGAAUGUUCCAUUAUAUAAAGUAUUGUUCCCAG